AUGCAUUCGAUUCGGCGUUCCACAUUUGAAAAACGCCCUCGCGAGGACAACAACAAGCGACUGGCAGGAAAGACGAUGCCUAGGCAGAUGGCGGGGCGGCGCGUGGCGGGCCCGGGCCAAAUGGCGCUGCACCUGCCGAAGAAAGUCGACUACGUUGCGGGCGAACAGCAUGGCGACCUUUAUUUUUUUUAUCGGCACACGGGGGCAACGAUCCCCGGGUGGAUGGAGCCUUUCCAAUAUCUAAUGUCGCCC